AUGUUCCCCACAAGAGCUGCACAGGAUAAAUGGUCCCAGCCCGGUUGGAGAAUAGAGAAGAAAUACACAAAUAAGGCCCUGCUGGGAAACUGGGCAGAGGAGAGAAUGCAGUUCAAGCACGAGCCGCAGUUGUCGACAGCCCUGAGCAGCACCAGCCGAGCAGACUACAGACCACAUUGGGAUAUCAAGUCCGACAGCUUUGAGAGUGGAUCUGGACCACUGAGAUCGGAGGGGAUUCCGGCCAAGCUGCUUUUCGCCCAGCAGAGUUCAUCAUCCUCUCAUCGCUUGGUCACACUCUAUGAGGAGAGCUACGGAAGAAGACGCACUAAUGCCCUGCCAAUGCUGCAGCCCUGUCAUCAAAAGAGCUCAACAUGUCAGCUUCAGAGGCCAAAUACUGUUUUUCCAAACCACUCACACUCUCCUCAGUUUCAAAAGGCUCAUGCUGACAGUCUGGAAUCACAAGUCCCAUCUCUGAGCGUGUAUGGGUCGACUUACCAGCGGUACCCUCUUAGUGCCUUCUGUCUCAACCGCUUUGCCAGAGCAUCCCACUGGUCGUCCAGCCACCUCCACCGGGCCAACCACGUCAACAAGGACUUGGAUCUGAGACAGAGACCACUGAGGCAGGUCCCGGAUCAGUGUGUGAGGCUCCCACAGUGUGCCCAACACGCCUGA